AUGGCCUCCACGGACUCGUCGCCGCUGCUGCUGCUGCGCACGACCCCCAGCGCUGCACCGGUGAAACCGCUGGCCGCGUCCGCCGCUUCCCGCCCCCCGUCGCUCCUCUCGCGCGCCGUCAGCCACACCGACAGAGGGUCUGCUGUCUCGUCCUUCCUCGGACUCGCCUCGACUAUGACCGGCGCCUGCAUUUUGACGCUCCCCGGCAUCGUCCAAGCAGUGGGUGUUCUCCCCACUCUGCUGCUGCUCGUGCUGAGCGCGUGGAUGGCGUUCACGGCCUGUGAGAUGCUCAGCGUGUGCUGCCACGCGGCCGGCGCGUACUCGUACGAGGCGCUGAGCUCCCGUCUCUUUGGCGCAACCGGUGUGUGGGCCGUGCGGCUGCUGACGCUCGCGCUGCUCUUUGGCGCCAUUGUGAGCUACAUGGUCAUUGCCAUGGACCUCUUUGAGCCGUUUCUCAUCGACGUGCUGCCGCGCCGCGUGAUUGGGCUGCUCUUCCUGCUCGUGGCCGUCCCCUUGUGCCUCCCUGAGACCAUCUACGCGCUCCGGUUCGCCAACGUGGCAGUGCUGCUGUGUCUGCUCUACAUCCUCGGGGCCAUCAGUCUCCGCACAGUGCAGCGAGACCCCGAGUUUGCGGCCCACGUUCCGAGGAAUCGCGCGGACGAGUUCACGUCCGAGUGGGCUGCGCUGGCGUACGCGCUGCCCAUUGUCAUGCUGAGCUUUGUGUGCCAACUGAACGUCCCGCGUGCGUACGAGGAGAUCCACGACAAGACACUGACGACGCGCGUGCACAAGGCCCUCGUUGGCUGGGGCCUAUGCAUCUAUCUCGCCUUUGCGUACGUGGGCUACGCGUGUUUCCAGGGCCAACCGCCGAGCAACAUCCUCACGGGGUUCGCAGCAACGGAUCGGCUCAUCAACGGCGCGCGGCUUGCGCUCGGAGUCUGCAUGGUGCUCAAGACGCCCAUGACCUACCAGCCGCUGCGCCAAGCCAUGGAGCUCUGCUGUCUGGGCCACGAGCGCAAGAGUCUGCCGUUCCGGACGGCCAUCACAGUCGUGUUUCUGCUCGUCGCGCACCUGUUCUCGCUGUUCUCGCGCAGCUUGGGCACCGUCAUGGCCUUCGUCGGGGCCCUCUCGGGCAUUUUACUUGCGCUCACGGUCCCUGGACUCUUUCUGUACGAAGUCGCGCGUGGGUAUCUCGUGGAACGCGACGCGUUCUACUCGCCCCGACUGGCGCUCGUGUUCGCCUGCACGGGCGGCGUCUUCUCGGCAGCUUCGCUCGCGUACCUGUCGUACAAUGCGCUCGUGGACUUUUGA